AUGGCCGAUGCCAUCAAACUGCGGGAGUACCGGCGCCCAAUAUGCACACCCGAACAGACUUGUUCCUAUGAGGCAUUCGACAUGGUAUUUGCCCUAUGUGAUUGUCCGGGUAAGGAUCAUACAUGCCCACAAAAUGAAGGAAAUGCCGUCGAACAUCGAGGAACGCUUUAUAACUUUUGCACGUCCCGGAAUGUACCAAUUUGUGAAGAUGGCCAAAUUUCUACGACUGUAAGUGGAAUUCAAACGGCAAUUUAUUGUGUUUGUCCCGAAAGCCAUGAAAUGGUCCAGCAACCGACUCAAGCCAAAGAUGAGACGAAUUAUACAUGCCGUCAGAUUGAAGAGUGGAAUGCCUUACCACAGGAACUCAUCACCAACUUCAUGGGACGUAUGGGAUUGCGUCGAAGAGCAUUUAUUGCUGUCCGUGGUGAUCACACGCCCUAUUAG